AUGAAAUUUCCAUUACCUUCCAUGGAUAUUCAGUCAAAUCCUUAUCUUUUUGCAGUUUUUUCUGCAUCUUUAACUCUUUUAAUGCUUCAGUUUCUAUUCAGAAAAUUGAACAAAAACAAUAAGAAAUAUCAUCCUGUUGCUGGAACUGUAUUUAAUCAGUUGAUGAACUUCAACACACUUCACCAUUAUAUGACUGAUCUUGCAAGAAAGUACAAGACAUACAGGUUGCUUAACCCUUUCAGAAAUGAAAUUUAUACUGCUGAACCAAACAAUGUUGAGUAUAUACUCAAAAUCAAUUUUGACAAUUAUGGGAAGGGGUUAUACAACUACCUCAAUUUGAAGGAUUUACUAGGAGAUGGGAUUUUCACGGUCGAUGGCGAGAAAUGGCGUGAACAAAGGAAGAUAUCAAGUCAUGAAUUCUCCACCAAGAUGUUAAGGGAUUUCAGUACUUUGAUAUUCAGAAAGAAUGCAGCAAAAGUUGCAAAUAUUGUUUCUGAAGCUGCAAUUUCCAAUACUAAGUUAGAAAUUCAAGAUCUUUUCAUGAAAUCAACACUGGAUUCAAUUUUCAAAGUUGCAUUUGGAACUGAACUGGACAGCAUGUGUGGAACAAAUGAAGAAGGGAAGAGUUUCGCCAAUGCGUUCGAUUCUGCAAGCGCGUUAACGCUUUAUCGUUAUGUUGAUGUCUUUUGGAAGAUAAAGAAGUUUCUAAAUAUUGGAUCAGAGGCAGAAUUAAAGAAAAACACUAGAGUCUUAAAUGAAUUCAUCAUUAAGCUAAUCAACACCCGAAUUCAGCAAAUGAAGAAUUCAAACGGUGAUUCUGUCAGAAAAAGUGGAGAUAUUCUCUCGAGGUUUCUGCAAGUGAAGGAAUUUGAUACAACAUACUUAAGAGAUAUAAUUAUAAACUUUGUUAUUGCUGGGAAAGACACGACAGCCGCCACGCUUUCUUGGUUCAUUUACAUGCUAUGCAAGUACCCUGCAGUACAAGAAAAAGUUGCAGAAGAAGUAAGAGAAGCAACAAACACAAAAACAAUUAGUAGCUGCACUGAGUUUGUUUCAAGGGUAACAGAUGAAGCUAUUGAAAAGAUGAACUAUCUCUAUGCUGCACUCACAGAAACUCUCAGACUUUAUCCUGCAGUUCCUGUGGAUGCAAAGAUUUGUUUUUCUGAUGAUACAUUACCAGAUGGAUAUAGUGUAAAAAAAGGAGACAUGGUGUGUUACCAACCUUAUGCAAUGGGGAGGAUGAAAUUCAUAUGGGGUGAUGAUGCAGAGGAAUUUAGACCAGAAAGAUGGCUUGAUGAAAAUGGCAUUUUUCAGCCAGAAAGCCCUUUCAAGUUUACCGCUUUUCAGGCUGGUCCUCGGAUAUGCUUAGGGAAAGAGUUUGCUUAUAGACAGAUGAAGAUAUUCUCAGCUGUUUUAUUAGGGUGUUUUCGUUUCAAAUUAAAUGAUGAGGAAAAAAAUGUGACUUAUAAGACAAUGAUAAAUCUUCAUAUUGAUGGAGGUCUUGAAAUCAAAGCAUUACACAGGGAUUAG